GAAAAGGCGUCAAGCUGCCGCCGAAGUCUUGCAGAAAUUCUGGAGAUCAAGGAAUAACGAAACAAAGGUAGGACCAAUGAAUCCAGACAUCCGCUGGAAGGACGCUGCAAUGCAUGCUCAAUUGAAAAAUAACUGCGAACCGUAACGAUAACGCGCCUUCAGAACGGUGGAAACGUAGCAUCUUUUUCGCGAGCCGGUUACAAGACGCCAAUAAUCCUUUACAACAAUCAGGCGUGGAUAAACCGCAAGCCAAGAACAAGGAGCUUGAAGUUCAGCAUUGGCUCGAGCUCAUCGAUGGUAAACACCGCUACGGUUCUAAUCUCAAGUGGUAUCACAAACGUUGGCAACAAGAAUGCACCGACGACAAUUUCUUUCGAUGGCUUGACAUUGGAGACGGAAAGUCGCUGUCACUCGAUGAGUGUCCUCGUUCUCAGCUUGAACAAGAGAGAAUCCAAUACCUAUCUGCAGAACAAAGUAUAUUUGCGUCAUUCUGCCUGUAAUUCUCGUUCACACAUCAGUUUCGCAGGACUAAAUUAUCUCGUCAAAAUCGAUGCACAAGGCAGAUUACGCUGGGACAGGAACGACGAACUUGUCGACACCAGUGCUGGUCACUGGAAGGAUUCUGGUAAUGGGCAAGGUAUCAUACCCGAGGAUAUCCCCCAGCGACCUGCCCGUCGUGGAAGUUUUACGUCCUCAAUAUCUUCGUCUUCGGUAUCCAGUGAAGAGAACGACGAAGUUAACCAUUACAUAGGAAAAGAGAAGGGGAAAAAUAAAGUCACCAGGACGCUCCAUCGGUAUUUUACCGUCAAAGGGAUCAUCAAUCGUUUAUUGAGGAAAACAGUUAAACGAAAUACUUGGAUUUUUGUUUCGGACAAGCAUUGUUAGCAAAAUUUCCGCCUACUACCGAGAAUGAGGGAAAAACUCACCUCUUCACAGUCAACAUCUUUAUUGGAAUCAAAGACACAGGAACGUUCCAGCAUUCGUCAUUUCUGGCUGGAGGACUGGUUACAUCAGCUGGCCUUAUAACUGUCAGAGAU